AUGAGCAAUCCAACUGGAGAUGAUUCACAAUCUGCCAAAGAUGAGGAAGAGCGAAAUGGUGAGUUGCUGUGCUUCAAGAUUAAAGCCCAUUUGGAGGAUUUGUUCUCCAACAGCCACCUGGCAGAGGAUGGCUUCCUGCUUAAACAUGUGCAGAAGAACAAGCAGGGCUACGUGAGUCUCAAGCUCCUCACUUGUUUGAAAAAGAUAAAGGCCCUGACCACAAACUGGUACAUGACUCUAGCAGCAGCAGAGCGCUCAGACCUUCUUGAAGUGAAUGAUGAGCGCACCAAAGUGAGGCGGAUAGAGCCACUUCCCCGAUGGCUGCUGUGUUCCCCCAGCAGCAAGCUCCUCCUCGUCUGGAACAUUUGUGAGGAGCAAACCGGAGAAGACGGAGCAGCCCGAGGCCUGGAGCGACUUUCCCUCUCAGAGAGGAUCUUACAGUUCAGAGCUUACAGUGGUGUUACCUCAGUCUGGAUCCUGCAUCCUGGCAAAACGCUACCUAAGGAGCUGCAGUGCUACGCCAAACGUCACAGAGAGCUUGGCCAACAUUUGUGCGCAGUGGUGAAGUUUGAUAGUUUAGAGGCGGUCCGUAAGACCUACAGUGUCCUGAAAGCAGAAGAAGACAAGUCCAACGGGAAGGACAUGUGUGUGGUGCCUUUGGGAUUCCAGUCAACGCAUCACAUCAGCAAGGACAAAUCAUCAGAAGAAAAAACUGAGGACAAAUCUGUGUACACGCUGUCCCAGAAAAAUCCACUGGAAACCUCAGAGGAUCUGGUCAAGGAGGAACCCUCUUCACCAGCUAAGACUCCAGAUACAUGUCAGCCCCAAAAUACUUUGAACAGCUCCAUUCAAAGUAGCUCUGAGCAGAUCUCCACCAGCUGCAGCGGCCAGUCCUUCUCUGGGUUGAAUGUGAGGUACAGCAGAAUGAGCUGGUGCUCUGGAGACUGUGAUAAAGAGAGUUUUGGGAUCCCCUGGGUGUUGAGGCGCAAAUUUGCAGCCAGUGCAUUAAACUCCAAAGCACCCGGACUCCCGUAUGCAUGUGGCAUGCAAAGAGUGCUGCGCCAGCCGUUUGGUCCUGACGGCACCAAGGGUUUUCAGGGCAGAGGGAAGCCGCUGCAGCAGAUCAAAGAAAGAAGAGGCGGCUGGAGCAGUACCACCUGUGCUGAAUAA